AUGGCUGUUGUCGACACGAUUGACCAUGUUCGUUCCGAUGUCAACUCUCCAUUGAGUGUUGAUACAGAACCCCGUGGUUUCGUGGCUGUCAACCACGCCUCUAGCAACGGGACCGAACCAUCCAGUCAUAAUUCAUCUCCUCAAGAUGAUCCUCGCAACAAACACGAUCGGAAUUCACUCAGUCCUGGCAGUCGGAUCUAUCACUUAAUACACAAUCAAGAAGAGCAAACCAAUCACCACAAGCGGAAGCGGUCCGAUUUGAGCGAUGAUUCGCAUUCCGAGAGCCCACGUACUUACGAGAACAGUCCGUCCAAACGGGUUGAGCCUCAGCAUGUGGCAGACCGAGCGCUUCGCGCAAUGAGCAACACAGAACAGAAUGGGACUGGUCAUUAUGGAAAUGGCCACUCAGUGGUCCCCAACGGUCACUCCUGGUCGCCGCACACCAGAACGAUACAGCCUCAUGGCCCUGCGAACGGGUCGCGUCCAACGACGUCAGAUGCUCAUUUGGCAGAAGCUCUUCAACGCGAAACACAGUCCCAAGACGACCUUGCCCGACAUUGGGAAACCCAGUCAAGUACGAAUGGCGAUAGUGGUCAUAACCUAUACGAUCAAGACUCCCCCAAUACCAUUACUGUGGCCGGGCCGAAGCGCAAGCGUAACUUUAGUAACCGAACAAAGACCGGCUGCAUGACCUGCAGGAAGCGAAAGAAGAAGUGCGAUGAAGCACGUCCUAAAUGCCAAAAUUGUGAGCGAGGAGGGUUUGAAUGCCAGGGCUACAAUCCGCCUAGCAUCGGAUCGCGUUGGCCAGCCAAGCCACCGCCCGUUAAGACCCCUGUAUUAUUGCAGUCAAAAGACGGCCACGGUGACGUGUCUGAACCCUCUUCGGCAUAUAAAGGCCCUAAUGAAGGCUCACCACACCCAAAACGCAAUCUUCCUCAAUAUGAAGGCGGUCAGAUGAGACCUCUUCCUAUUGAUGACCAUGAUAGCCACCGCCAACAACAACAACAGUAUGCCACUAGUCCGCCUCAAAAUGAAGCCCGGGGUAGGCCACCUUAUCCUAGCCCACAACAAUGGUCUUCGCACCAAACUUCGUCGACAUAUAGUUCAGAACAUCUUCCUCCUCUUUCGGAAAUCACUCGAUCAGAGGGAACUUCGAAUCCUCCUCCAAGAGAAAUGACAAGACCUUCGACCCAAGGUGCACAUCACCCACCUCCAUCAACUUCUGCUCCUCCACCUCAUCCGCCUGGCCCACCUGGUUCAAAUCAACAAUUGCAUCCUCCCCACCAAGGCACUGGGAACCCCUCGCCACUACAAGCACCAUCUCGCCCACCGUUGGGUUCUCACGAAGUCAACCUCUAUCACCCGCGCGAUCAGCACCAUCAUCCAGGCUCUUCAGGCCCACCGGGUCCUCCGGGUCCUUCAGGUCCUCCAGGACACCAAGGUCCACCCCAAGGCCCUCCUCCUUCUCAGUAUCAAUAUGCUCCAAGUCCAUCACAAUCUGAAUAUCGGCCUCCGUAUUUACCCCAACCUGAGCACCAUACUCCGACAACUCAUGUGAGAAUGACUUCAAUGGGAUAUGACCCGCAUAAGGUUUCUGGAGCCAAGACAUUCAACAAAGAAGACGUGGAACGAUCCAAAAUGUUGCGAGGGAGCACUUACAAUCAUUUCGAUUCUACCUUACAGAACGAACGGAAAAGGUGUGAGCUGGCUCUUGAUAAGUUCAAUAAGGCGUCCAAGCUUCACAGUGGAGUUAGUGAGGCGGAGACUCGCAACAUCCUGCUCAAAGUCUUUGACCCUACCGAAGACGAUACCCAUAAGUUUCUCGCCGUUCCCCAGGAAAAAGGAUCUUUGGGCAAAGGAGUCAGAAUCGAAGCUCCCUUUACUUGUACUUACGGAUACAACAUCAAGACCAUGGAUAGUGUGUUUAUUGGUAAGAACUGUGUAAUUGACGAUGCUGGUAAAGUCGACAUCGGGCCUCGUACCUGGAUUGGACCCAAUGUGCAUAUCAUGACGACCGAUGUGAUGAAGGACAUUCAGGAUCGCAAAGGUGCUGGAGGAGGGUGGAUAGCAAAUGGAGUGACGAUCGCAUCAGAAGUGGUCAUUGGAGCCAACGCAGUCAUCUACCCAGGUGUUACUCUGGAGCGAGGCUCAACAGUCGAGCCGUUUGCUGUGGUGAAAGAAAAUCUCCCAGCAUUCACCACGCAGUACGCGCCUGUGGGCAAGCGUAGUGCAUGA